AUGUCGUGGUUGAAUUUUGAGGAAAAUGGCAUCACCGAGAAGUGCCUGAAAACACCUGCAUCGUCCUCGUCAUCAUCAUCAUCAUCAUACAUCCUGGAUCAUGUCCAAAGAGACUCAUAUCAUCUGUUGGACAUUGAGAUAGAUGAACAUGCAGUUAAGGCAUGUAAGACCGGGCUGUGUUAUCAGGACACCACAGAGCUGGCACUGCUGAAGUACCAUGAGCUUCCAGAUUUCAUGAAAGGCAACCCUUAUGUUGUUCAGGGUUACAGAACCAUGCUUCCCUUCUCCAUGUGUCUCAGAAGCCUGCUGUUGUGGACGAAUGAGACAGUAAAUAUCUGGUCACAUUUCCUGGGUUUCUACAUCUUCUUGUUGAUAGCAUUGUAUGAUAACUUGGUUGUUCUGCCUCAAAUUGAGGGAUCAUUUUCAGACCACAUCAUACUCACACUAGGACUGGCAUGUUAUAUGUUUUGUAUGCUGUGCUCAGCUGGUUUUCAUACCUUUUGCUGCCAUUCUGAGAAAGCAAGUCGGCGAUGGUUGGCUGUAGAUAUGACCGGUGUGUCUAUGGGAAUCAUCGGGUGUUAUCUGCCUUCUGUGCAUUAUGCCUUUUAUUGUCAGUCUAUGUGGAGAAAUAUAUACCUUCUCAUCAUCACAGUUUUAUCAGUAUGUGCCCUGGUCUUUCAACUCCACCCUCGAUUCUUCACCCAUGGCUGGUUUUACAUCCGUGUGGCUAUUUACGUAGCUUUAAGUGCUUACGGGGUUGUUCCCACAAUUCACUGGGUUUACCUCAGUGGUGGAAUCUCCACAACAAUUGUACAGAUGUUUUUACCCAAGGUAAUAAUGAUGUACCUGUUGGGAGCUUUGGCUUUUUCCUUUUAUAUAUCAAAACUGCCGGAGAGAGCAUGUCCAGGAAAGUUUGACUACAUUGGUUCAAGCCAUCAACUGUGGCACUUUCUCAUUGUGCUAGCUUUCUGUUACUGGCAUCAGGCUGGAGAAGAAAUCCUUCGUCACAGAAUAUCAAACAAAUGUAUAGAGUAG